AUGAAUCAACAAAUGGUAUCAUCAAGCCGAGUUUCCCAUAUUUCAAAUAUGUUUCCAUCAGCAAAUAUCUACGAAGAUGAACAAUAUAUUGCCAAUCUGAUUAAUCAACACUUAGCUUUAUGUUCUUCAGGAACGUCAGGCAAAGUAAAGACGAUUAUCAAGCCAGUUCUUACGGAAGAUAUCUCAUUAUUCAACGACACAGGUUUCCUUGCUAAUCAACUUCGUCGUUCGGAAAUCUCUUAUCCGUAUGAGUACAAGACACCUGCGAACGUCAAGCAAAACUCUGGUGUUACAUUACGAAACACCUCAAUGACUAUGAAUGAUUUCAAUGAAGAAAUUCCAAUCAAUGUCAAUCAUCUACGUCGACAACAUAGAGGAGGAAUUAGAAAACGAAUCAAAUCGAUUUCCAAAGUGCGUGUUGUUGAUCAAUACGCCGAACCGAUCGAGAGCGCUGUGCAACUUGAUCAUCGACAACAAUCGGCUCUGUCACAUCCGAUUACCUAUAGAAUACCUGUCCAUAUUCAACCGACUACUGGCACAAUUUCAAGAACGCAUUAUGCGAUAACAGAAGAGGAACCCGCACAAGAAACAUCGAUUCAUGUUGCUCAAUUACGACAGCCAUUAUUUGCACCGAUGAACGCAGCUAAACGGUCAGUUUCGUCUAUUAUCGCACCAAGUGCAUUCGUUGACAUACCCGUUAUUCACGAAACUCCGAUUUACGUUGAUCGUGUUCGUCAUCUGAUUCAACCGCAAAUUGUUCAAUAUAAACCCUCGAAAAAUAUUCUACCAUCUAUAGGUUCACUGUUUCAAACAAGAUUCGCGCUGAGCCAAGAGGAAUCGCCUGAAGAAAGAGCGUUUUAUGUUAAUCAACUACGUCAGCCUACUAGGAAAGACCCAUCGAAUAAUGAGAAAGGAUGGGUUUGGGUGUAG